AUGGCCGACGCCGCCUCCCAGACGCCCGUGGGCCACAGCCCCUCCAUCCAAGCAGGCACCCUGUUCUCCGUCCCCGGUCUCGUCGCCGUCGUCACAGGCGGCGGCUCAGGCAUCGGCCGCAUGCUGACGACGGCCCUCGCCACCAACGGCGCCGCCAAGGUGUACAUCCUCGGCCGCCGCGAGGCCGUGCUCCGCGAAGCCGCCGCCGCCAUCGGCCCCAACGUGCACCCCCUCGUCUGCGACGUCAGCGUCGCGUCCAGCCUCGCGGCGGCGGCGGCGACCGUCGAGCGCGAGACGGGCCACGUCGACCUCGUCCUCUGCAACGCCGGCGUCGGCGGGCCCCAGGUCAAGGCGCCGACCGAGGGCAUGACGGCCGCCGCGUGGGCGGCGCAGCACCUCGACCACGCGCAAGAGGCCUACACGCGCACCUUUGACGUCAACGUCUCGGCCGUGUGGUACACGACCAUGGCCUUCCUGGCGCUGCUGGACGCCGGGAACAAGAGGGAGGGCGGCGUGCCGCAGUCGUCCCAGGUCAUCGUCACGAGCUCCAUCGGCGCCUUCAACAAGACGGCCCCCGGCGGCUGGGCCUACGGCCAGUCCAAGGCCGCCGCGACGCUGCUGUCGAAGCACCUCGCUGGCGUGCUGCCGCGGUGGGACAUCCGCGCCAACUGCAUCGCGCCGGGGCUGUUCCCCAGCGAAAUGGCCGCGCCCAUCGUCAAGCUGUACACCGGCGACGGCCAAGACAUCCCCAAGGCCAUGAUCCCCAUGCAGCGCAUGGGCGACGAGCAGGACAUGGCCGGUGUGCUGCUGUUCCUGGCAUCCCGCGCCGGCGCGUACUGCAACGGUGCCGUGAUCAAGGUCGACGGCGGCCGGCUCGAAAACUUCCCAUCCACAUGGUGCGCGUAG